UCAAUUCAACUUUCAUCAAUUUCCCUCCACCUCCUUAUUCUACUAGUACUACUUCAAAACAAGAAGAAACCAAAAAAAAAAAAAAAGUAAAAUUGAUGGCGAGAACCAAACACCCGGCUUCACGAACCCGAAAUCAUACUAAACCCACCGGCGUCGCCACUGCCGGAACCGCCACUUCUUCCGCUGCUGCGACGCCUACGAGGAGAAGUCCGAGGAGCCCAGCAGCAAAAACAAGUCCGAGACAGGCGGGAAGGCAGAAAAAGAAAUAUCGGCACAGGCCAGGGACGGUGGCUCUUAGGGAAAUUCGGCAUUUCCAGAGGACUUGGAAACUCCUCAUUCCUGCUGCUCCUUUCAUUAGACUUGUGAAAGAAAUUAGCAACUUUUAUACACUAGAUGUUACUCGUUGGACAGCUGAAGCCUUGGUGGCACUUCAGGAGGCUGCAGAGGAUUACCUGGUUCAGUUGUUUGAGGAUGCAAUGCUAUGUGCAAUCCAUGCAAAGCGCGUAACACUUAUGAAAAAAGAUUGGGAAUUGGCACGACGUCUUGGAGGAAAGGGCCAACCUUGGUGAGAAGCAUCCCAUUUGCAAUGCUGCCCAAUGUUUAAUGGCCAAUUACUGGAUUAUUCAUUUGCCUGUAUCAGAGGCUUUAGAAGCUUUGUUGUCACUGUUGUGCAGAUUGUAAGUUAUGACUUUUUUUUUUUUGUAUUUAGAUACACUUCUUCAGCUGUAGGUAAUCUGAAAAUUGAGUAGCCAAGUAUAGAAUGAAAAUUGUCAUCUGUGGUGAAGACGGCUUUGUAGCUUAUGUUGCUGAUACAUACCACACAAAAUUGUCAGUCAUCUUGUAGAUUGGGUCAACUAACCCGUCUGCUUUUUGCAGAAACAAGGUGGACGAGAUGAGUUUUUGGUCUGA